CACAUCUAAUGCAGAGUUAUAAUAAAAAAACGGCCGGCAAAAAUUAGCCACACAAUAUCAGUGUGUGGGUAAAGUAAUUUACGUUUGUGUAGGUUUUUUUUUCCCAAUAUCCUACACCAAAUUGCUAUCUUUGGCUGUCCCCGCUGUUCUCAUUCAUCAUCCCCACCACCGAGGGUGUACGUCCGUUAUCUUUGAUGGUGCUCUUGGUACCAUCUCGUAGCGUGUGUGUGCGCUCCACAGAUAGAUUGACGACAUAAAACCGACCGGCGUUUGUUGCUGAUGUGGCCCGCAUUUUGACCGCAAAUCAAAGCCAUCCCCCCCAAACCCUCUAUCGGUCAUCGUCAGCGGCUGGAAGCGAGCAUCAGUUAAGCCAAACGGGGCAACCCCAUCAUCCUUCAACGAAGUCCCACAAGCAUAGAAAUAUCUGUGUCUUUAAUUGAUCAAUUGUGCGACCCCAAAUCCGCCCAGUCACUGUCACGAUAACAGUUUGUGAUCACGUUCAGUUUACGCCACAACGCGCCCGAAGCAACCAGCUUUGUCAGUGGUCAGUGCGAAUUUGGUGCGAAUCAACGGAACGGUUUCCUUUCCUUCACUAACCCCCCACGCACCCACGAUGGACACGCAGCGGGUGGCACUGAAGCUGAGCGACAUUUCGCCAAAGUUCACGGAGGAAACGCUGGACGAGAUAGUGCGGUGUGCGGGCGGGAAGCGCUGCACGGGCUGGAAGAUACCGGAAACCAACUUCACCAAGGGUGACGCGUACCUGAGCGAGCUGUACCGCAUCCAGCUGACCGGGGAGCCGGCCGAACCGGGCCGGGACGAACCGCUGGUGGUGAAUGUGGUCGUGAAAACGAUCCCGAAAAAUGUGGGCCGCCGGAACACGUUCCGGUCGGCGGACUUUUUCCGCAACGAGGCCAACUUUUACAACGUGGUGCUGAAGGAGCUGUACCGCUUUCAGGACGCGCGCAAACCGGCCAACCCGUUCAAGGACAUUAACCCAUGCUACGUGGCGUACACGGACGGGGUGAACGAUUUCGUCGCAAUGGAAGACCUUGGUCAGUACGGGUACAAGACGGCUUCGAGAGCCGAAGGUGUCGGACUGGAGGAGUGCAAGCGUUGCAUGCGCUCGCUCGGCCGCUUCCAUGCCCUGUCGCUAGCGAUGAAGGAACAGGAACCGGACCGCUUUCACGAGAUCGCCCAGCAGCACGUGGAGGAAACGUACUACAGUGCCCGGCUCAAGUCGUGGUACAACAACUUCCUGCAGGUGCAGAUCGAUAUUGCGCGCGACGCGAUGGCGCGCGAAUAUCCCGGCACCGAGCUGGAGCGCACGAUGGAGAAGUUUUUCGACUGCGACCUGUACGACCACAUGGUGUACCUGACGCACACGCGCAACCAGAACUCGGUCAUCAACCACGGCGAUUGCUGGAUGCCGAACUUUCUGUUCCACGACAGCACGCCGGCGAUGCGCAUGAUCGACUUUCAGCUCGCCCGCUACUGCUCGCCCGCGCUCGACAUUGCGUUCUUCGUGUACUCCUGCACCAGCCAGGCGUUGCGCGACGCGCACUAUCAGGAUCUGCUCGGCGCGUACCACGGCGGGCUGGCGGAGAUGCUGCGCGAUCUCGGCUCCGAUCCGGACACGGUCUUCCCGCGCGCCGAGCUGGAGAAGGAGAUGCGCCAGUACGCCCGGUUCGGGUGCGGUAUGGGCAUCGAGUCGAUACCGUUCUCGCUGCUGGACGAAUCGGAGGUGCCCGAUCUGGACAAGAUCACGGGCGAGCAGGCGGUCCCGAUCGAGCAGCUCUGGAUCCUGCGCCCGAUUGCCAGCCAGGCCGGGCGGCGGCGAUUGGCGGAUAUGUUCCGCCAUGCGACCGAUAUGGGCUAUUUGAAUUAGAGCAGGCGGCGGCGAUGAUGAUGGCGGUAGUCGCUGGUUGCCAUGGAGAAGGAAUGAAGAAUUUCAAGUUAAUAAAACGUCAAUCACUUGUUGCGCAAGUGUUGAUAGAACGUUA